UUAUAUUAUUGAAAUUGAUUAGUUUGUAAUGAAUUUUUUGAUAAUCAGAAGCAGUCUCAGAAACCAAAAACCCAUAAGCUAUAUUGCUCGGACUCUUCAAAAAUGUCAAUAGGUACGUGUCGUAUUUGCCAUACCUAAUGUAUUUUUAGAGAAUCCGAUACGGGUGCGGCAUCAAAAGUGAAGAGUCCGCGCAACUUAGGCCAUAAGUUUAUCUCUCCUAUUCUAUAUACAGGAAAGGAUUACAAAGGUUCUUAUUAGCUUAGCCUGUUGGUUUUAAUCUUAGAUCACAAUGAUUCUGUUAUUUAUUUGAUGGAAUACGUGUAGUAGUUUCAACCUAGCUAAUAAGUGUUUUCUGACUUUGUGUUGGAUUAAUUUGCUUGUUGGAUUUUGGUGCAGUUGUAAAGGCUGUUCCAAAUUCAGCAAUAGGGUUACCACUUACUGCAGAAAACAUUGAGAGUGUGAUGGAUAAAAUUCUACCAUAUCUGAUUUCAGACGAAGGAAACACUUCGUUACAUGAAAUUGAUGGCAAUUAUUCUGCUCUUAACUGCCCAUGCCAAACUGAAGUUGAGAAGACAGAAGGUUUUGAAGUCCUCUGUAGAAGCUGCUCUUCAAGUUCUACAUUUUGCCAUAUACCAUUGAGAACUAACUGAGAUGGAGGAACGUGAGCAAGAAAGAGAAAAAGAAUUGGGGAAGAAUUGUAGCACUGACCAUGAUGCUCGCAGUAAUGCUUUAUCUCAUAAAUACAGAGCUGAGAGUGAUGAUGAAUCUCUAUCUAGAGCUUGCAACGAGUGGCAUAGCAAGAGCUCCACUGCAGAUAUACCAUUCUUUUUGGUGACCAUUAGUUCAAAUUCGAGUGUUAACCUCAGGAAUCUAAGGGAGUUGGAAGCCUGCCAACAUAAUGGUCAAAAGGUCUUUUUUGGUUUUUAUGGCCCUUGUCAUCUUCCAAAUAAUCCUGGAUGUCCACUUCACAAUUAUCUCCCUAUAUCUGUUCAAGGUGGGGCCUUAGAAAGAUUUAUUUUUUCUGCUACCAUGAGAACCGUGGUUUUGCAGAUCUGGGAUUGUCGCUUAUUGGAGAAGCUGAAAUAUCUUUUUCACAAGUAAAGUGGCAGUGAAGCAAUGGAAACUGAUCAUUCUCCUCCAGCUGAAAUCAACAUAUCUUCCGAGAGAUUGCAAGCAUUCAGUGCAACACUUGGUAGGCACAGGAACUUACAACAUGUGGAACAAAUUCUAGUUGCCGAUGUGGAGAGUGUUGUCAACAAUGGGGCGACUGUACCUUACUCAAAGGCGGAGAUAGAGAAAUUAUUACAUAUGAUGCAAGAGAAAGACCAGUUGUGGAUACACAGUGAUACCAAUGUAGUUUACUUCAUGUAAACCUGUCUAAUUGG